AUGUCUCAAACACAUGUCGCCGGUUUUGUGACCACCAAUUUGGACAGCAAGUCUAUCAACGACGGUUUUCUGGCCGCCAUGUCCGUCAUGCUGGCAAAGUUGCUUCACACCGACGUUGAGUUUGUGACCCUUGAACUCCAGCCCAACGUGGCCAUGGUAAAGGCUGCCUCCAGUGCGCCCAUGCUCAACCUGAGGCUGUUCCACAACUCGGACUGCGUCAACAGCGACACCAAACAUGGCUUUGCUCAACAGAUCGCCGCCUGGCUGGCCAAGCAUGUCAAGGUCCCCCAGGACAGGGUUCUGGUUCUGUUUAUCGACACCAGGUGUUGCAGCGUCGGUUAG